AUGGCAGAGAUCAAGAACGGACGCGUGGCCAUGCUUGCCACCAUUGGCUAUAUUGCUCCAGAGUACUUCCGACUGCCCGGCUACUGCAGCCCCUCCGCAGACCUCAAGUUCGCGGACAUCCCCAACGGGGUCCAGGCCCUCUACAAGAUGCCCGCGGAG